AUGAAUGCUGAACAGAAGGCUAAAAUAGCUGCUAAUAGAAAACUUGCUUUAGAACGUUUAAAGAAAAGAGGAAUAUUGAAUAAAUCUCAACAGAAUUUAAUAGAGAAACGAUUCGAACCUCCAAAACCUGUUCCAACGAUACCUAUUGUUGUAACAAAUAAUAAUAAUAAUAAUAAUCAUAAUGGAAAACCAAACCAACAAGUAACAAUAAAUCAAUCAUCAACUCCAUAUAUUCAAUCUAGAGAUGCUAGCACUAAUACUAAUACAGGGACAGGGACAUCACCAACAAAAAUAAAUAAGAUUAGGCCAUCGAUUAAAGAGAAAGAUUAUAUUGAAUAUAAUUUUGCGACAAUUAAAAAUCUUAAUGGUGGUUAUAUUAAUCCACAGGAUAAAGUUUAUAAUGAAGGUGAUCCUGAUUAUUAUGGGGAUGAUAGUCAUAAUGAUAAAAAAUUAAAAACAAUGCAAGAUUGGAAAAAUGAACAAAAAGAGAGAAGAAUGCUUUAUGAAAAUGCGCCACCUCCUGAACAUUCAUCUGUUGCAAUUAAAUGUAUUGAAUGUCAUAUUAAUAUUGAAAUGGAUCCUAUAUUAGAUGAUAUCUUUAAAUUAAAAGUCUGCAAAACUUGUGCUAAAGAACAUCCUGAAAAAUAUUCUUUAUUAACAAAGACAGAAUGCAAAGAAGAUUAUUUUUUAACGGACCCUGAAUUAAAUGAUAUUCAACUAUUUCAUAGAUUAGAAAAACCUAAUCCUCAUUCAGGUACUUUUGCAAGAAUGCAAUUGUUUGUUAGAUGUGAAAUUGAAAAUUAUGCUUAUAAAAAAUGGGGAGGUGAAGAAGGUUUAGAUAAUGAAUGGAAACGUAGAGAAGAAGGUAAAUUGAAAAGAAGAGAAAAAAGAUAUAAUGAUAAAAUUAAAGAAAUGAGAAUUAAAACAAGAGCUCAAGAAUACACAAAUAGAUUAAGAGAUAAAAAAUAUGGUAAGACACAUAAUCAUAAUUUUAGUGAUCCUAUACCGAGUGGGAAAGAUGAAGAUGGUUUUACAUUAUUAAAACGACGUUGUAUAGAAUGUGGACUUGAAACAGAAGAAGUAUCUUUGUAA